AUGCCCGGGAGACUUGAAGUUAUAUGCGACCCGUCGUUACAGGCCAAUGAUUCCCAGGCUAGAUAUUCUAUCUAUCUAUCUAUCUAUCUAUCUAUCUAUCUAUCAAUCUAUCUAUCUAUCUAUCUAUCUAUCUAUCUAUCUAUCUACCUGGUGUCACUUGAUAAGUCGCUUUGUUAUUUCAUUCCAUUUCAUAGGUAUCUAUCUAUCUAUCUCGUCAGUCCUUUUCAUAGGUAUCUAUCUAUCUCAUGUUCAUUAUGUAUCUUCUAUCUUUUUCUGACUUUUCAUUAUCUAUCUAUCUAUCUAUCUAUCUAUCUAUCUAUCUAUAUCAUUAUUUAUCUAUCUAUCUUACUGACACUUGCCGAUGAUAAUAUACCCCCUCUCUCUUUCAUAUACCCUUCCUUUUUCUUCUCACAUUUUCUCACGCUUUCUUCUCUUUCUCCCAUUCCUCCCUCUCGGUCCCUCCCUUAUUAUCUAAUGAAACGCCAUCCAGUCCGGGUCGGGGUGCUAUUCUCGUACCUACAUCUCUCUAUCUAUCUCAGUCCUUUUCAUAGCUAUCUAUCUAUCUCAGUCCUUUUCAUAGCUAUCUAUCUAUCUCAGUCUAUCUAUCUUUCAUAUCUAUUUAUCUAUCUAUUUAUCGCAUACGUGUGUCUAUCAGUACAUAUCUUUGCGUGUGAGAGUGAUAUCAGUGAUUUUUCCCUGUUUCUUCUUCCUUUUAUUUCUCCUUCUCCCCCCCCUUCACUUACUCUCCCCUUGUUAUAUUAUGUAACGCCCUCCAAUCCAGUGUCUUUGAGGCGCCGUCAGCUGGAAUCCAGCGAAUGGAGGUGCGACGUGUGCUUUGAAGAGAACGGGACAGAAUUGACCGUCCAGAUUUGGUGCCAGGAAUGCGAGAAACUCUUGUGCCAGUCCUGCGAGAGAUUCCACUCCGAACACGAGACCAAAGACUUGUCGGGCGUGUCGAGGGUGGAGGCGAUCCGGGUCAUCACGACGGAUGACUGUCGACGCCACCGUCAAUCAAAGGACGCCUUCUGCAAGCGGUGCAACGUGUGCCUGUGCAAAAUAUGUUACCAGGAUCACGUGACCGCCUCCCCUCAGUGUCCGCCUCGUCCGCUGUCGGUGAGAGAGGAAGCGUUGAAGGCGAAGAAACGCAACCCCACCCUGGAGCGGGAACUCCGUCAGUUCGAAAUCCACAUCCGGGCGUCGAACGAGCGAACGAAGCAGUCCAUUGACAAACUCUCAACGGAUUGCGAAUCCGAAUGCUUAAAACUCACUCGGGAUUUUGAGGAAUUCGUGAAUGAGGCACGGCUCAAGUUAGCAGAGUUGUGCGAUAAUAUGAAAGUGAUGACGUACGAACUGGAGAGAAAAUGGCGCCACUCCCUCAAGGACAGAGAAGACAUUUUAAAGAAGGUGGAAAUCUGGCACCACACAUUGCGACAUUUGUCUACGGACGACGUUGACGAUGAAGACGUCGUUUGUGGACUGAGGUUGGUGGGAGCGGAGCUUUCUGCGCGGCUCCGCCAAUCAUUUGCUCCUCACGAGAAAGGACGUUGGCUGGUGACAUUUCCGAAAUGGUGUCACGACUCCCUAGUGUCACUGAAGAAAGAAAUAAUCGUGUGGGCGGCAGAGACAUCCGGGCAUUUGCAGAUGGAAAGUGAAUGUCGUCUGCAAGGAUCGGACCCGCUCGAUAUUUCAUCGAUUGUCGCCGGCGACGAAGACAAUCGCGUCUUUGUUGGCGAUUGGAAAAGUCGAUCGAUCCUAGAAUUCAGUGACUCUGGGGAAUUGAUCGGUCAAUGUCCCUUAAUGGACGGAGGAAAGAGAUUCUUCCCGUUCGACAUGUGUCGCCUUUCUGAAGACAUUUUAGUUGUCUGUUGUCCUUGGGGGUCGGGGAUGGGGGGAAGAAUUUUCUUUUUGCAGCAAAAAAAAUAUUUCAUUUUUUCUCUUCUUUUUUCUUUCUUUUCUUUUCUUUCUUUUUCUUUAUUAUUUUUUUCUUUUCUUUUUUGUUUUUUUUCCUUUUAUUUUUUAUUUUUUCUAUUUAUUUUUCUAAUUUUUUUGUCUUUUUUCACUUUUCUUCUCUUUUUUUUUUCUCCCUUUUCUUUUUCUUUGUCUUUUUUAUUUUCUUUUUUUGGCCUUUUUUUUCUUCUCUUUUUUAUUAUCUUCUUUUUUGUAUUUUUCUUAUUUUAUUUUUGCUUUUAUUCUCCUUUUUCUUUUCUUUUUCUCUUUUUCUUUCCCUCCGUUUUCUCUUUCUUUGUCUCUCUUUUUUUUUGUCUCAUUUUUCUCUCUUUUUAUCUUAUUUUCCUUUUUUCUAUUUCUUUUCCCUUUUCUUUUUUCUUCCUUUUUUGUUUUUCUUUUUCUCCCUUUUUUCUUAUAUUCCUUUUCAUCUUUCUUUCUUUUUCUUCCUUUUCUUUUUCAUUUCCGACUUUCUUUUUUUUUUUUAAAUUUACUCUUCUUUGUUUCUCUUUCACGCAUCAAAAAAAGAAAUGUGUUUUUUCUUCUUCUUCGUGGAUGCCGGGGAGGUCCGUGAAUUAUCUGAAAUGA